ACGCACACACACUCUCUCUCUUCUCCCCUCCCUCCCCCCAAUGGCUGAGCAGCUAAGCGGCUCCGCCUUCCCCUCCCGGCCAAUAGAAACUUACUACUAUGUUAUGGGGCGGGGGAGCGGGAGGUGGUUGUAGGAGAGAGAGAGACCUGGGGCCCCUCUUCCCCCCCGCCUCCUUUUCUCCUCCUUCGUUGGGCGCCUUCGGCAAGCACUAUCAGCGCCCAGCAUCAGCCGCUGGGGAAGAAGGCAGAAACAUGACAACUGAAAAGAGUUUAGUGGCAGAGGCUGAGACUCCCAAGCAGCAGCCGCCAAAAGAGGAGGAGGUAGCUGCUGAAACAGGAACACAGGAAGCUUUCUUGGAGAAAGCACCUGAGGGGGAUAAUCAGUCAAAGAAGAAGCUAAAAGCAUCCAAUGGUGACACGCCUACACGAGAGGACCAGAGCAAGAACAAAGAGCGCACUUCUGAAAGUCGGGGCCUGUCACGCCUGUUUUCAUCAUUCCUCAAGAGGCCCAAAUCUCAGGUCUCUGAGGAGGAAGGUAACGAGGCAGAAACAAAGGAACUUGGUGAAGGAGGCCAGGAAGAGACAGACCUCGAUCUCAAUGAGGAGAUUCUGCUGAAAGCCCCAAUAGCUGCUCCUGAACCUGAGCUCAGGACUGACCCAUCUUUAGAUCUUCACUCAUUGAGCAGUGCAGAAACACAGCCUGCUCAGGAAGAUAGAAGAGAAGAUCAAGAUCAAGAUCCAGAAAAUAGAGAUCUUGAAAUUAAGGAAGAAGGAGAGCAGGGGGAGCAGGUGGAAGAAAAAAAGGAGAAUACCAAGGUGAAAGCAGACAAAGACUUAAAAGGUUCUCAGAAAACAGCCAGAAGGCCCAGAAACAACAUGCACUGCAAGAUUAUUUUGCUGGAUGACACAAUGUUUGAGUGUUCCCUGGAUAAACAUGCCAAAGGCCAGGAUCUUCUUAAGAAAGUAUGUGAUCACCUCAAUCUUUUGGAAGAAGACUACUUUGGACUGGCCAUCUGGGAUACCCCAAGCUCCAAGACAUGGCUGGAUGCUGCCAAAGAGAUAAAAAAACAAGUUCAUGGAGGCCCAUGGGAAUUCACUUUCAAUGUCAAGUUCUAUCCUCCGGAUCCAGCACAGCUGACAGAGGACAUAACAAGGUACUAUUUGUGUCUCCAGCUAAGAAAAGACAUUCUCAAUGGACGGCUUCCUUGCUCCUUUGCUACAUUAGCUUUGCUGGGUUCUUACACAAUCCAGUCAGAACUAGGAGACUUUGACCCAGAUCUUCAUAGCCCAGAUUAUGUCAGUGAAUUUAAGCUGGCCCCAAAUCAGACAAAGGAACUGGAAGACAAGGUCAUGGAACUACAUAAGACCUAUAGAUGUAUGACACCUGCUCAAGCUGAUCUGGAAUUUCUUGAGAAUGCCAAAAAGCUGUCUAUGUAUGGAGUUGAUCUUCAUCACGCCAAGGACUUGGAAGGUGUGGAUAUUACUUUGGGAGUCUGCUCCAGUGGCCUUCUUGUCUACAAAGAUAAAUUGAGAAUCAACCGUUUCCCUUGGCCCAAAGUGUUGAAGAUUUCCUACAAGCGCAGCAGCUUUUUUAUCAAAAUUCGACCUGGCGAGCAUGAACAAUAUGAAAGUACAAUUGGAUUCAAGCUUCCUAGUUAUCGGGCAGCUAAGAAACUGUGGAAAGUUUGUGUUGAGCAUCAUACAUUUUUCAGGCUAACAUCCACUGAAGCAAUUCCCAAGAGCAGGUUCCUGGUACUGGGUUCUAAAUUCCGAUACAGUGGUCGGACACAGGCACAGACAAGACAAGCUAGUGCCCUGAUUGAUAGACCUGCACCACAGUUUGAACGGACAGCAAGUAAACGGGCCUCUAGAAGUCUUGAUGGCGCUAAACGUGGCUCUCAAAAAAUAGAGUUCAAACCCGUAGAGGAGGAGAAGCAGGAGGAUGUGGUGUUGGUUGGGGUUCCGGAAUCAGAACCUGUGGAACAAAUUCGAGAGAAGCCAGCGAAAGAUACGCUUGAGAAUUUUGAAAAAAUAGUGACUGAGGAAGAGCUGAAGUUUGAAGUAUUUAAAGUUCCUGUUCCAGAAACAAAAUUAGUGGAAUCAUUAGAAAAACAGUCAGCCAUACAUGUUCUUGAAAAGUUUGACAUAAGCCCAAUAAAAGAAGAGGAGAAGGAAGAAAAAACAAUUGUGGUGCAGAAUCUAGAACAAAAACCGCUAUUACUUGAAACAGUUCAGGAGGAGUCAGCAGUAGCAGUGGUUACACCAGACCGAAGCCCACGGCCUACAUCUGCACCAGCUAUUGCUCAGAGCCAUGUAACUGAACCAACUCCUCCAGUUGUAUCUGAAAGCAAGGUGCCAGUGGUCACUAAAGCUGAGAAGGAAAGAAAAGAGGUACAACACGAACAAACUCUGCCAGAGAAAACCAAAACAGAGCCUGCUGAAGGAUCCCAGGUGGGGAAAGUGCAUAUCGAAGUGUCAGUACCCACCACAAAUGGUGACCAAAAUCAGCAGCGUGCAGGAAAAGAGGAAGAACCAAUAAGAAUGAGGAAGAAAAGAUCAAAGAGACUAGAUGGUGAAAACAUUUAUAUAAGACAUAGCAAUUUAAUGUUGGAGGAUCUAGAUAAACCUCAAGAGGGGAUAAAGAAGCAUCAUGCUAGCAUUAGCGAACUGAAGAAGAACUUUAUGGAAUCUGUCCCUGAGCCACGGCCAAGUGAAUGGGACAAGCGCCUCUCAACUCAUUCUCCCUUCAGGACCCUUAACAUCAAUGGACAGAUCCCCACAGGAGUAGAAGGAAGUGCGAGUGACUCUCCCUUCAAAGAGGAUCUGGAUGCAAUGGCAGAGGGGGAAAAUAUUACCUCUCACUUUGAAUGGGAGGUCUCAAAGCACUCAGUGGCCCUUAGUGAGAGCCCAGUGUCAAGCCCACAGGAGUCUGCACAUACUUGUGAAUCUGACACUUCUUCCGCAAGCAGCAAGGAGCAGGAGAAGCAGGGUGCUGCUGCUGCUGCUGCCGCUCUCAGUGAGAGUAAGGAAGACCUAAGGUGUGGAGAGGGAUUUUACUCAGUUGUGGAGAAAGAGGCUGAGGACUCAAAACAGGAUGAGAUGGAAGUCUAUAAAAUCCCUUCUUCACCUCCAUUGCACCUCCACGAACAAGAGGAGGAAGCCUGUGAUGUUGAAGGGGGAAAAGGGGCAAGUGAGCCACUUAGCGAGCUAAAUGGAGAAUGCCACAGCUCAAGUAUUGAUAACGAGUUUCCUGCCCUCAUUCGCUGUUUCCAGCCACCCCUUGUGAAGACUCAGACAGUUACUAUCUCUGAUGUGUCGAACACUGUGAAAAGUGAAAUUCCAACGAAAGAAGUUCCUAUUGUCCAUACAGAGACCAAGACUAUAACUUAUGAAGCUGCACAGACUGAUGAUGGCAGUGGGGAUUUAGACCCUGGAGUUCUGCUAAGUGCUCAGACCAUCACUUCAGAGACCACCAGCAGCACUACCACUACCCAGAUUACAAAGACUGUGAAAGGUGGAAUUUCAGAAACACGAAUUGAAAAAAGAAUUGUCAUCACAGGAGAUGCAGACAUUGAUCAUGAUCAAGUUCUGGUACAGGCCAUCAGAGAAGCAAAGGAGCAACACCCAGACAUGUCUGUGACCAAGGUGGUUGUCCACCAGGAGACUGAGAUUGCAGAAUAAAUAGCAAGACCAGCUACAUAUAUUAUCAGGCGAUGUCUGUUUCAGUCUGCGGAGGCCACCCGACAUAUACCAGCAAAACUACAAGGAAGCUACCUUGGAGCACCAUGACCUCAAACUUGCCAGAUUUACUCUCAGUCAAACAUUCUAUCAUUUAUUACUAGGAAGUUGUGCUUUUUGAUGUUUACUUCGGAUUCUCCUUAACACAGUGGAUCCUUUUUGAUUAUCAUUUUUAUAUUGUGACCGACAGUAUGCCAUAUUUUUCACAGUACUGGUUUUUUUUUUUUUUACAGUUUUGCAAUCCCCCACCCCACUUUUUGCAUUUUUGCAUUUCCUUUCCCGCCACCUUUUCUGGAUCUGUAUUAUGAAGUCAGAGGCCCACACAAAAAGAACAUGUAGAGCUUAUCGAAAGUGAUUGCCUUUGAUUGAACUGCAUUGCCCUUCUUCCUUCUUUUCCUCCUCAAGCAGUUUGCAUUCUCACAUAACUUUGAACAUGUUAUAGUGUGGGGGUCUCAGUGACCUAGAAGUGACCCCUCUUGCCUGAGAAGUCAGGAAAACACUUGUGCAAUGCUUUGUCUUGGCUCUUGUGGAUCUGAGAUAUAUUCAGAAUUUCCUAAUCACAGCUAUUUUAUAUAUGCCAGGCGCAAAUGUGCCUGCCCUCUUUUCCUCUGGAUUUCCCUUGCUUUUUGUUGGUUUGUCAGCCCCUUAGAUGCUUGAAUAUAGCAGGGGGUUGUGGUAUUUGCACAGGUAUUUCAGUAGUAGUCUAGAUUCAGAAAUGAUGGAAAUUGCUUCACCUUUUAUACUGUGAAUUCUAGAGGUUUUAAUCAAUUGUGACAAGGCACCAUGUUUUUCCAGCUCUCUCCUUUUUUCUUCUUUGCACUCCUUGGAAUACUAAAUCUCUUGUAAAUUCACUCUCCUAUUUCCCCCCUCUUUUUGUUCUCCAUUAAAUUAAGCCUAUUAGAAUUGUGUGUUUAAGAGGUGUGGGCUCUACACACUAUGAAAUAGGCUGUAAUUUAUAACAAUAGGAUGGGGUGUUCAUUUAUUUUCUUUUUUCUCCUUCCCAAUUGUUUGUGUUUUGAGUUUUUGUGGUUUUGGUAGCAUAGUUUUAAAAUCAUUGGUUUUUAAAGCACUAUUUAAACUUGGCACACUGGUAACAUAUCACAGGAAGGGAUAAAUGAAGCACAAGUCAUCCCUUAGAGACAAUCCAGCAUUCCUAAAUCUGUAUUCUUUAAGCAGGCAAUUACAAAGGCAUCAUCAGUAUUGUAGAUUGUUUCCAAUGAUUGCUGUUAAAAACUAAGCCUGUACAUGUUGCAAGUCACUUAAUGCUCCUUAUAAGACAAUAUAAUAAUUUGUAGUUCUUCUUGUGCACAGUCCCUAGAGCAUACUACUGUUGCACCUCCUUCCUUUGAGUCAUUGAGGUCAUACAAAACUUAUUGCAUAAGGCUGCUGAAAUGAAUGGUGGAUGCUGCAUUGCUACCAUGCUAAAUGAAAUAACAAACCCCAGGAUUGGCUGCAGUUCUCAAGAUCUUAACCUAGGUGUGUUCUGAUUGGCUAUCACUAGAGAAUGUUGAAUGCCAUAAAAAAAAAAAAAUCCAAAUUAGAACAAGAGCAGAUUUAAGUUAGUUUUUCUCUGUGUGGGUUUGUUUCCACCCAAAAUAACUUUUUCUCCUUAUGACUUUAAAAGUACACUUUUAAAACAAAUCUCACGAAAGGUAGUUGGUAUCAGUACUCUUAACUGGGGAGCAGUUUCAUUUCCUUUAAAUGUUUUCCCCAUGUAGGAAGAAUGAGAGGAUUCCAAAUUAGGAUGCAACAUGUUCUUCACAAAUAAGAUGAACUUCCUCUCCAUGCUUAGUUGAAAGAUUUCCUUGGCAACACUAAAAACUGCAGGCUUGUUCUUUCCUUCCAGCAGCAUGUAAAAGUUCUGUAGAAUUAUGAGUGAUAUUUUUUCUGAGAGGUAUGAAGUUGAAAUUCUUUUGAGUGCACCACCUCAAAGCUGAGGGGCGGGAUGAGGGCUGAUUCUAGCAUUUAAGUGAAGAGGAAUGCCUUCUGCUGUUUAAAGAAAACAAGAACACACAUUGAAAAGAAUCUGAUUUCAGUGAAAACGAGCAGUUGUGUGGAAGCUAUAUUAUCAUACCGCAUGUCUACUUUCCCCCUCAGUUUUGAGUAGGUUUCAGUUAGGGAGUUAAUACAGUCUUAUUUAGAGUUUGAAAGCAUUAUGGACGUGUAAGAGUUUAGCACUGCUCAAUCAGCUUUGCUCCAAUGUGCUCUGGGGUCCCGUCAGCCACAACAAGCCUUCAGUGGUUGCCAUCUGAUGCACUUAGCUGUGAGUAAAGCCCAGCUGGAAACAACAGACUUCCUUCCAAGUGAACAAACUUGGGCUGUAACAUUAUUUGUGGGUUUCUAUAUGCCCUUCUCUUUACAAAUAGAACUAAUGGGCUACCUUCCUAAAAAUCUUAGACUGAACUUUUAAAAAUCAAAAUAAAAAAUCAACCCAUAGCACUUAAAAAAAUUAUUUAUUGUGGAAGACAAUUUUGGUUGUGUCACUUUCUAGUGCAUAAUUCUUCUGCAGCUUCCUUUUCCUCUGCUAUUAAAAGCUUUAAGCACCAGCUAUAAAAUAGUUCCAUAAUUCUAAAGAUGGCAUCUUUAUGAAAUCUCAAACUUUACUACAAUUGCAGCACUGUUACACAUUUAUUAAUGGAAUUAUUGCUUUUUCAGUAUGUUAUUUGAAGGUAUGUCUUGUCCUUCCUUGAGCUGUCACUCAGCAUGAUUUUUAACUUUUUGUAUCCUGUGGCUAACUAGCUGGUGAAGUCCUGUUCUAUUUUAAAACUCUACUUUCAGACACUUCUUUUGCAUGAAGUUUGGAUUUCCCAUUAAACAGGAAUUUACUCUUAUCUAAUCAAGGGCAUGCUUCUCAGAUUGUCCCUUCUCCUGACCACUGACCUACCUAUUGCUUUUCCAGUUUAAGAGCUCACCACCCCUUGUGUGCAGGAACCUCAUCCAGCAGACACAUUGCCCCUCCCCACCAGUUUUGCGCAUAGGGUGUGUUUAAGUGGGGGUGAUUCCGACUUUCCAUGCACCCCAAUGCUCUCCUGUCCUAUAUAGACAUCUGAUGUUAGCUUCUUUUGCACAUUCCCGUCUUCCCCUUCAGGGUGUAAAUAUUUAGCAUUGCUUAAAAAUCCACUCAAAUCUUAAUCAUUCAGAAUCACAAGGGAAGAAAGCAAGUGUGAGAAACAAUCCUGGGAGGAGACAGUAGAAAUGUGGGAAGACAUAACUCUGAAGGUAAAUUACUAAGUAAGUAACUCAUUGAGGGCCACCCAAGUUUCUUUUUGAAAUAGUUUUUUAAUCCAUCACAGACCCUCUUGGCAAAAGUCUAAGGCAUUUAGGACUAACAGCCUUAGGUGAUGGAAGUUGGUCUUGCUUUGUCUGAUGAGUAGUAAGCUUUCCGUCUCCAACAGAAGAUCCCCUACCUUCCUUUAGGUUCUGCACAAAACAGGAGAAAAAAGUCUGCACUGAAGUAACCCAAUUCUGUGGCAAGAAAUGCUGAAUUCUGCUACUUGUAUAAAGUAUGCAAAUCAAGCAGAUUCAUAUUACUUUUGUGCCAUGUAUUUUGCUAUUUACUCCCACACUAUAUCAUUUCUGCUUCUGAUCAUUGUAGGGAGAGAAGCACAAUGCUUUUACAAGGUAUUCCCUUCAACAAUUCCCCCGGUUUCUAGAUUUCAGCAGACGUUACCCGUACACUUGUAAACUUAGCGUUCAUAAGUACAGAAGCUUGCUUUUUU